CAGCGCCGGCGCAGCCAGCGGCAACAGAGGCAGAGCAAGGUAAAAUUUCGUUCCGAAGGCGCAAGGUAAAAUUUCAUUCCGUGGCGAGCAUUCGACGUGAGCGGACGUUUAGAGCGCGUGUGUGUCGUGGCGGCGAUAAGAGAACAAAGUGAGCAAAGUGUUAUCAGCAGCGGCGGCAAAAAUUCAAAAAAAUAAAAAGAAAUCAAAUACAUUACGAAAAAAAUUCCCCUUCAAAACAAAACAUAAUUCAGAAAUCCCCAACGAAAGCAAUUCAUCAAAUCAAAGUUCAUCAAAGUGCCAACCGAAAAGCGAAUAAAUAUCUAUCGAAUACAAUGCAGCGCCACAAAAAGUGCUACAAACUGUGUUAAAAAUCAUAAAUAAAUUAAAAGCAAAAAUUAUUAAAGAAUAUAAAUUAAAUAUAAAAUAUACUUAAAAUCUAUGUGUAAUCGAAUCGAAAAUGGCAGACGAACAAAUCGCUAAGAUGGAAGUUAAAGAAGCCGAAGAAGCUACAAAUAAAUGGAUUAAAGCCAGGCCAACAGCAGCCCAGCAGAUGCCGCUGCUGCUGUUUACUUUCCUCGUUUGGGCCACGUUCAGUCACCUGCCCGGGACGGAGGCCAGCUUGGAUAGCUUUGGAGUGGCCAGUCCUAGUUUGGACAAGGAUCCGUUGCGGGAGACCAGCAUGAAUAUGAUCCAGCGCAACUACAUGGUGAUGCACUCGGCCAGCGGAUCACCCAACUCCGGGGAUCACAGUCGCUCCCUGAAACGGGCCAACCUGGUCAACACCAACAUCACCUGCAACGACGGCACCCACGCCGGCUUCUACUUGCGGAAGCAGCCCAGUUCCAAGAAGUGGAUCGUCUUCCUGGAGGGCGGCUGGCAUUGCUUCGAUCUGAGGUCCUGCCGUGCCCGUUGGAUGCGACUGAGGCACCUCAUGACCUCCUCCCAGUGGCCAGAGACGAGAGAUGUUGGUGGAAUAUUGUCCCCGCAUCCCGAGGAGAAUCCCUACUGGCACAAUGCCAACCACGUGCUGAUCCCCUACUGCAGCAGUGAUUCCUGGUCCGGUACUCGCACCGAGCCAGUGACCACGGAUCCGGAGAACAGCUGGCGCUUCAUGGGUGCCCUGAUCCUGCGCCAGGUGAUUGCCGAACUGAUCCCCGUGGGCUUGGGUCGAGUUCCUGGUGGGGAACUCCUCCUAGUCGGCUCCUCAGCUGGAGGACUAGGUGUGAUGCUGAACUUGGAUCGGAUACGUAACUUUUUGGUCAACGAGAAGAAGCUGCAGAUCACGGUGAGAGGAGUGAGUGAUUCGGGUUGGUUUCUGGACAGAGAGCCCUAUACCCCAGCGGCGGUGGCCUCCAGCGAGGCAGUGCGCCAGGGCUGGAAACUGUGGCAGGGAUUGCUGCCGGAAGACUGCACCAAAGUCCAUCCCACAGAGCCCUGGAGGUGCUACUUUGGCUACAGACUCUAUCCGACACUUAAAACUCCUCUGUUUGUGUUCCAAUGGCUCUUCGAUGAGGCCCAAAUGCGGGCCGAUAAUGUGGGAGCUCCAGUGACCCGCCAGCAGUGGAACUACAUCCAUGAAAUGGGCGGAGCCCUGCGCUCCUCGCUGGAUAAUGUGAGUGCCGUGUUCGCGCCAAGCUGUAUCGGCCAUGCCGUAUUGUCCAAAAGGGACUGGGUCAACAUCAAAAUAGACGACAUAUCCCUGCCCUCGGCUCUGCGCUGCUGGGAGCACUCCACGCGCCGCAAGAGGCACGAUAAGCAGGUCAAGAGAUCCACGGAGGCAUCCACGGCGGUGUCCAGUCCGUCGCAGUCCACCCACCCCAACGGCCAAAGACACCAGAGGCAUCAGAGGCAGCGCCAGCAGAAACAGAAGCAGAACAAUGUGGCACGAACGGAAAACCAGCGGCGGCACAACCACCUCAGCAAGGAGGAGCGCGAGGAGCGGAAGCGCCUGCGUCAGGAGCAGCGCCAGCGACGCAAGCAGCGGCGUCGACAGCAGCAGCGCCGGCAGGAGCAGAAAAAUAAGAAAAACAACAACAGCCCCAAGUCCAACACGGGCAGCGAGCAGCGCAAGCAGCGACGCCGACAGCAACUGACACCGGAGCAGCGGCAGGAGCAGCGCAAACGGAGACGCAAGGCGCAGCAGCAGAACAUGGAGUCCAACAUGCAACAGGAGCAGCCCCAAGGCGUGGCCCUGGAGGCCCAGAAGGAGCCCCAGAAACGAAGAUCCUCCAAUAACGCCUCGGCCAGCACAAAGUCCAAGCGACGCCAGAGGGUGCCACGGGUGCCGGAGAAGUGCGCCUCCCGUCUGCUGGAACGCUGCAGCUGGCCGCAAUGCAACCACUCCUGCCCCACCCUCACGAACCCCCUGACCGGCGAGGAGAUGCGCUUUCUGGAGCUGCUCACGUCCUUCGGCAUGGACAUCGAGACAGUGGCCACCGCCCUGGGCGUGGAUAUGCACACGCUGAACAACAUGGAGCGGACGGAGCUGGUGAACCUGCUAACGCAGCAGGUUAGCUAGACUCGAUUGAUACCCUGUAAAUGAAGGUGGAUCGAUUUGAUGAAAUGGAGAAUUAAAAGGAUGGAAAAUAGGGCCUAGAGAUAUGGAAAGUUUGACCCAAAAUUUACUUAAUAUUUGAAACAAAAAAAUCUUAAAGCCUAAGCCUUGUAAAGAAAUCGAUCCAUUGUAUUGUAAAUAUCACGACCCUGUAUUAUAUAGUUUAUAGGUAGGGUCGCUUUGUAAAUAUCACACAUUAUAAUGCCCAAAAAAAAAAGAAGAAUGGAAAAAAAUCAGACACACCCACCCUCACAUACACCAUAAGUGGAGCUAUAGCUCCAAUUCCUAGAAAACACCAAGAAAAAAGACAUGCGCAUAGUACCCAGUAAUUAAGCUGAAUUUAUUUUUAGUAACACUCGAACUGCAGCUCGUAUUCGUAUUCACAUUGACAUUCGCACUCGAUAUAUAUAUAUAUUAUAUAUUUAUUCAUUCGCAUUCUGAUAUCACAAUCACAGAGAGAAAGUGAAAUCUGCUUAACGAGAAACUAAACACAAAUGCAACCACAAGACUGUUUUUAUGUUUUUAAUAUAUAUAUAUAUAUUUUGUACAAUAUAUAUGUAUAUGUCGAUACAUAGAGUUUAUAAAUGUAGGUUAUGACUAGAUAUGCUUAAUAAUCAUAAAUGUUUAUGUAAUUUAUUUGAUAAUUUAUGACCCGUUUAGGAUUUUACUGGAUUGUGUGUGGAAUCUAGACUGUUUCAAUUGCCCAAAAUGCAAAUGUUUUUUUUUUUUUAAUUUUUUUUUAUAUUGUUUAAUACCUACCUCAGAUCAGUAAGAAUGAAAUUGAUUAGCAGCUGCCUUCAUACAUACAUACAAAUAUUAUCAUUAUCAUUGCGUACCUGUGCAACGAAAAUCAAAUACUUAAUACUUAACUUAAUACCGCCCGCAUUCCGUUAAAACAAAACUUAAAUACAAAAGCAUGAAAACAAAAAUAAAAAAAUGCGAAAACCAGAAGCGAAGUGAACAAAUCGAAUAUUUAAUUGUAGCAAUGUUUUGUAAAGAAUUUCUAGAUAAAAACUAUUAACAUAAAUCACACAAAAAUAUGUAAUCUAGACAUAAUCAUUAUUUAGAAUAAGUCUGUACAGCAGUGGUUGAAGCUUAGUCCUAAGAAUUGUUAUGCUUAAACUUAAAAUAACUUUAAAAUUAUGCAACUCGAUGUAAUUCCCAAUCUAAUUCAUUUGUUACAGCUUUAGCUUUUGUUAGCAUUUUUCAAAUGAACUGGUUCCCAUUUUCGAAAAAAAUACAAAGUGAAAAAAAGGACAAUCAAUCAAAUAACUGAAAAUAAACCAGAAUGAUAAUUUUUUAAAUUU